AUGGCCGUGGUAAGAGUAGACCAUGACUCUCUUCUGGCAGACAAACAUUUGAUGCACGAAACCCUGCAGACAUACAUUUAUGGCAAGAUCCAUCCGUUGAUCAAGACCCAUGUCUGGCCCCGCAUUGUGGUCUGUGGCCAUUAUGACCGAGACGGUCCCAAUGUACAUAUUUCACCCAAUGAGAAACGAGAAAAACGUUUCAACUGGCAUCGACCAACAGCAGUCAUCAUCGAUGACUCGACUCUGGAAAUCAGGUGUUUUCCAGGGCGAGACUACGUGCUGCAUUACGCCCUUCUCGUCGCAUAUUACCUCAACCUGAAUUCGAUUAAUGCGCCUACAUCAGUGAUAGAAUACCGACUUCCUUCUCCGGAAACUUGUUUGGAUCUUCUCUCGCAAUCAAAUUUGCGGUUCAUGGGUCCUGUCGAUACUGUCAUUCUCGGAUAUGUUGAUCACCUGGCCACCAAUGAUAAUUACCCCUGGGAGACAGGGACAGAUGAGCCGAACCAGUUAUUUGCGUGGAAGCGCUUCCGUCGAGCUGACGGGAGUAUCGUCGCUUUUGUCGGAAGCAUGAUGAGCCUCUGGGGUGAUAUCAUCGGAAAUGCUGCACGCACGAUGCAAGUCCAGAACAACCUAUCCAGCGUUCUAUAUAUAGGAAAGGCUGGUUCAUUACGAACACAAGAUAUCCCGAAUCAGGUCCUCGUCACUGGUGAAACAAGUCGCCUAAACAACAAACCUCUCUCUUGGAAAAGCCCACUCACGACGACACUAUCAACAGAGCAUAGGGCACACCUUUUCCAGGGAAAUCAUGUUACUGUCCCGAGCCCAUUGGUUGAGACUGAGGAUUGGCUGGACAAGAAUAAGCAUGGUGCAGACUGGGUCGACUGCGAGGUCGGUUACCUGGCACAAGCCUGCCAGGAACACAAUACUUCAUUCGGGUAUUUACACUUCAUCUCAGAUAAUGUGGCACAAAAAUACCUGUAUAAUCUUGCAACAGAGCGUCAAGACGCUGUUAUCAGCGCGCGGAAGGGCAUUUGGGGUGAAAUUCGGCGGAUCCUAGCCCUUCAUCUCGGUGUAAUGGACUUAGAGGGGGUACGCGGGAAGCUAUUUUGUAAAAUAUAG